AUGGGGUCAAGUGGACUUGGGAAAGCGGCAACAUUAGAUGAACUGCUGAGCACUUGCAUUGAGAUGUUUGAUGACAAUGGAGAGCUGAAUAAUAGUUAUUUGCCAAGAAUAGUUCUACUUAUGCACCGAUGGUAUUUAUCUUCCACUGAGUUGGCAGAAAAACUUCUCUGCAUGUAUCGAAAUGCCAGUGGAGAAAGCUGUGAUGAAUUUCGAUUAAAGAUCUGUUACUUCAUGAGGUACUGGAUUCUGAAGUUUCCCGCAGAGUUUAAUUUGGACCUCGGUUUGAUCCGUAUGACUGAGGAAUUCCGGGAAGUAGCUAGUCAACUAGGAUAUGAGAAACACGUCAGCCUCAUCGACAUAUCCAGCAUUCCUUCCUAUGACUGGAUGAGAAGAGUCACACAGAGGAAAAAAGUAUCCAAGAAGGGAAAAGCCUGUCUGCUCUUUGACCAUCUGGAGCCCAUUGAAUUGGCUGAGCACCUCACUUUUCUGGAGCAUAAAUCUUUUAGAAGGAUCUCAUUCACUGAUUACCAAAGCUAUGUCAUCCAUGGCUGCCUGGAGAAUAACCCGACCUUGGAGAGAUCUAUUGCUUUAUUUAAUGGAAUCUCUAAGUGGGUCCAGUUGAUGGUUCUUAGCAAACCAACCCCUCAGCAAAGGGCAGAAGUCAUCACAAAGUUUAUCAAUGUUGCCAAGAAGCUCCUUCAGCUCAAAAAUUUUAACACCCUGAUGGCAGUGGUAGGAGGCCUUAGUCAUAGCUCCAUUUCCCGGCUCAAAGAGACCCAUUCUCAUCUUUCUUCAGAAGUUACAAAGAACUGGAAUGAAAUGAUGGAGCUGGUCUCCUCCAACGGCAAUUACUGUAAUUACCGCAAGGCCUUUGCCGACUGUGAUGGCUUCAAAAUCCCAAUCCUUGGCGUCCACUUGAAAGACUUGAUAGCAGUCCAUGUCAUUUUCCCAGACUGGAUGGAGGAGAACAAAGUGAACAUUGUGAAAAUGCACCAGCUCUCCGUUACCUUGAGUGAACUGGUCUCCCUACAGAAUGCCUCUCACCACUUGGAACCCAACCUGGAUUUGAUCAACUUGCUCACGCUUUCUCUGGACCUCUAUCACACAGAAGAUGAUAUUUACAAACUAUCACUGGUGCUGGAGCCUAGAAAUUCUAAAUCGCCUACCUCCCCUACGACGCCCACCAAGCCCGUGGUGCCCCUGGAGUGGGCCUCAGGCGUGAUGCCAAAGCCAGAUCCUACAGUCAUCAACAAGCACAUAAGGAAAUUAGUUGAGUCUGUGUUUAGAAAUUAUGACCAUGACCAGGACGGGUACAUCUCCCAAGAGGACUUUGAAAGUAUAGCUGCCAACUUUCCCUUCUUGGAUUCCUUCUGUGUGCUGGACAAAGAUCAGGAUGGUCUAAUUAGUAAGGAUGAAAUGAUGGCUUACUUCCUGAGAGCUAAGUCCCAACUACACUGUAAAAUGGGACCAGGAUUUGUCCAUAAUUUUCAGGAGAUGACCUAUCUCAAGCCAACCUUCUGUGAACACUGUGCAGGAUUUCUCUGGGGCAUAAUCAAGCAAGGAUACAAAUGCAAAGACUGUGGAGCCAACUGUCAUAAACAGUGCAAAGACCUCCUGGUUCUGGCCUGCCGGAGAUUUGCCCGGGCGCCCUCCUUGGGCAGCGGUCAUGGGUCACUGCCUGGAAGUCCCUCGUUGCCUCCAGUGCAGGAUGAGGUGUUUGAGUUCCCUGGUGUCACAGCUGGACACCGAGACCUGGACGGCAGAGCCAUCACACUGGUCACAGGCUCCUCUCGCAAGAUCUCCGUGCGGCUGCAGCGGGCCACCACCAGCCAGGCCACCCAGACCGAGCCUGUGUGGUCAGAGGCUGGCUGGGGGGACUCAGGGUCCCACACCUUCCCCAAAAUGAAGUCCAAGUUCCAUGACAAAGCAGCAAAGGACAAAGGCUUUGCCAAGUGGGAAAAUGAGAAGCCCAGGGUGCAGGCUGGUGUGGAUGUUGUUGACCGAGGCACUGCGUUCGAACCAGACCAGGAUGAAGCUGACAUGGUUGAGACCAGACAGGACGGUGAGGUAAAUGAAGACAGUUCUGUUCAGCAAACACUUGUUGAGUACCUGCUCUGGGCAGGUCCUGCGUUAGAUGCACAAAGAGGAACAACUCUUCGUCUCUGCCCUUGGGAGCUGAGAGCCCAUGGGCAUUUAAGGCAAGAUGACUCCUUAAAAUAG